CGAUUAACGAAUACGAUGAAGGGAUCAUCGAAAUCCUCAAAGAGAAGAUCCGAAUAGGAUCAUCAUCCCUGAGCGCGUACACUGAGACCGAGGGGUUCUACUGUGUGUACAGUAGUAGUUGUGUGGUACGAAAUGCAAUUAACGAGGGAAAGCUGUUUCCGGAUUUGCAGUUUCAGGCCGCAUUAAUUCGAUUCUACGCUUUCUCUCUCUCUCUCUCUCUCUCUCUCUCUAGAAAUUGAAGAAACGCCAAAAGGUUGGAAAGAAAACACACAGCAAGUUUCGCAACAAUGACCAGCUAGCUAACGCGCUCUCUCUCUCAUUGCUUUCUCUCUCUUCUUUCUUUGUUUCUCUCGCUUCAUUGAAAAAGUGAUCAAUCAGACGUUCUUUGCUUUCUCUCUCUAGCUGGUAAUGGUGGUUGUGAGAGAGAGAAUGAAUUAAGAGAGAGAGAGGGGGGGAAAUCAAUUAGUUAUCAGCAACAAGGAGUGGAGAGAGAGAGAUUUAGAGACAGAAAAUGUUCAGGGUGCACAAGAACAGGCCUGCUAAAUCAGGGGAGAGGGUGGAUUUCAAGUUCUCCCACUUUAAGGCCCUCCAGGUCCCCAGAGGAUGGGACAAGCUGUUUGUGUCUAUCGUCUCUGUAGAAACUGGGAAACCAAUUGCGAAAUCAAGCAAAGCAGUGGUGCGCAACGGAAACUGUCAAUGGACUGAGACUCUCUGCGAAUCUAUAUGGAUUUCCCAAGAUGAGUCGUCGAAGGAGAUGGAAGAUUAUUUCAUCAAGCUUGUUAUUUCCAUGGGAUCAGCAAGAUCCGGUAUCCUUGGAGAGGUUUCAGUCAAUAUGUCGGAUUACAUAAGUUCAACCUCUUCUGCUCCGGUUUCUCUUCCAUUGAAAAAAUGCAGUUUCGGGACAAUUCUGCAGGUAAAAAUUAACUGCCUCACACCAAGAAAAAGGCUCAGUGAUGAAGAGUCAAAAGAGACAAGUGCUCAUUUGGAAGAAGCAAAUGCAAAUGGUCAUGAUGCAGACAGCAAGUCAGAUGGAUCUUCCUUCGGAAAAGAUUUUGGCUUGAUCUCAAAUCCUGGAGAGCCUGGGAGUCGAGGUAGCAGUUUCUCCACAUCAGGUUCACAUCGCAGCUAUGACUCAGCGGAGGGCUCCAUAAGAAGGGAUAAUAUGUCCCCGAGAAGCAACCUUAGUGUUGAAGGCAACCACCUGAUAGGAAGACAAGAUUCAAUCACCUCCCUAAUUAGUACAACUCAUGGAAACUUUCCUGCUGAUAUCACUUCUCCAUCAAAUAAUUCAUCAUUUAAUUCCAGGAUUAAUGGUUUAGGAAAUCAUUCUCAGAAUUCUCGGAAAGAUUUUAAAGAAUCAUCUUUAAGAGCCACUGAUUCUUCUAAAAACCUUCUGGAUGCGGCAGAAGUUACGAUUGAAGAAUUACAUGCGGAAGCUAAGAUGUGGGAGAGGAACGCCAGGAAGCUAAUGCUUGAUUUGGAUAUACUGCGGACAGAAUUCUCUGAUCAGUCCAAAAAGCAGGCAAAUAUGAAUGUGGAGCUUUCAGCAGCAUAUGCAGAACGCAAUGGCUUGAAGAAAGAAGUUGAACACUUGCAAUUGUUGCUUGAGAAUUCAGUGGUUAAACAAACAGCCAGUGAGGAUUUAACUUAUCAGGAUGAAGGAACGCCAGAGAUUGAGAAGGCGUUGCAAAAUGAGCUGAAGUUUCAAAAAGAAUCGGUUGCCAAUCUGGCUCUGCAGUUGGAGAGAAGUCAAGAAUCAAAUAUUGAGCUGGUUUCGAUUCUCCAGGAGCUGGAAGAGACAAUUGAAAACCAAAAGGUGGAGUUGGAGAAUCUUUCAGAACUACAGUCGACAUUUGAUGAUGUGGAAAAUUUGAUCAAAUUAACCAGAGAGGAAAACAGAACUUUAAAGCUUCAGCUGCAACAAUUGCAGGAAUCAGAGAACAAGUUGCAAGUCACGGUGCAACAGUUUGAACAAACUGUGGAAGAGAAAAACCAUGAGAUAGAGAAUGGAUCGAAUCUGAACGAACACUUCGUUUUGGACAUUGAAACAGAAUACAAAAGUAAACUGCUUUUGAAAGAACAAGAAAUUGUUAAACUGAAAGCACAGGUAUCCGAGUCUCUCAAAGAAAGGCAUUAUACAGAAAUGGAUUCCAUCACUGUGAGUGGGGGUGAAGCAGAUCUGAUCAAAGAAAUUGAGGUCUUGAAAGAAAAGGUGCAGGAGCUAGAAAGAGAUUGUAAUGAGCUGACAGAAGAAAACUUAGAGCUCUUGUUCAAGCUUAAGGCAGCGAAGAAAAAAUCUUCAGGGGGACACGCACCUGGUGAACUUCCAUCCAGUGAGCUUUUAUUUGAUUCUUUUACCAGCUUUGAGUCCAAAGUAACUGAAAAUAAACCCCAAAUACAAAAUGCGGAGGAGAUGCUUAACAAGAAAGUGCUUGGGGAGAUUACAAAUAAUAAUGAUGUUUCAGUUCAAGUACUUGACAGCUUGAAAAUGGAACUAGAAAGUAAAGUCACAGAGCUGGGUAAAGAAUUGACAGAGAAGAGGUUCGAAAUAGAAAAACUUGAGGCAAACUUGCUAACCAAUGAAGAAGAAAUCAGUCUUCUAAAGGGGGUCCAGAAUGAAUUAGAAGCUGAGGUUUCCGAUCUUCAGAAGGAAAAAAUACAGCUAGAGGAACACAUGGAAGUUGUAUUAAGGGAAAGCGAUAUCAGCUCAAAGUGUUUGAAUGAUUUGCGGCAUGAAUUAAUGGUGCUUAGCAGAAGUGUGAAUUCCCAUGUUUCCACACAUAGGGUACUUGAAAGGAAAUCUUCGGAGCUAGAAGCUGAUAAAUGUGAACUGGACCGUCACAUAUCAGAGCUUGAACAAGAAAACAUACAGUUGUCAGCAAGUGUUUCUGCACUCGAAGCUCAAAUAAGAUAUUUGACAGAUGAAAAAGAGGCCAGUCAAUUAGAAUUAGAGAAUUCCCAAUCUUAUUCUCUGAGUCUCCAAGAUGAGAUCAUUAGAUUGAAAACUGAGAUGGAGUCUGAUAAAGUUGAACUGAAACAGAAAUUAAGGGACUUGGAGAGUCAGUGGUCAGAAGCUCGAGAUGAAUGUGAAUUUCUAAUAAGGGCAAACCCGGAGCUACAAGCUACUGCUGAGAGCCUCAUUGAAGAGCGCAAUUCUCUUCAGAAUUCAAAUGACGAGUUGAGGAAACAAAAGCUGGAGUUGCAUCAGCUCUGUUCCGUCUUGGAGGCAAAGUUGAAUCAAUCGCACAAGAGCUUUACAAAUUGCUCCAAAAGAGUUGAAGUGCUGGAACAGGAUCUUUCUUUAAUGCUGGAAAACAUCGCCUCCAAAGAGGAGAGCCUGAAUUUAGAAUUAGAUGCACUUCUUGAUGAAAACAUGAAAUAUAAGGAGAAGCUUACAUUGGAAGAAAGUUUGUUCAACAAGAUGUAUUUGGAGAAGACGGUUGAAGUUGAGAGCCUUCAGGAAGAGGUAGACCGACUUACCAAGCUACUUGCUGCAACUCAAGAAGAAAGAGAAGAACUAGCUUCAGAUGCCGUCCAGGAAGCAUCCAGAUUACGAACUGAGAAGGAAAUGCUUGAAUCUGCCCUUCGAGAGGUUCAAUCUAAAGCAAUACAGACUGAGGAAGAAUUGAAUAUUAUGAGAAUAGAAACUGAAGCGAAGCUACAAGGCCUGGUCGCUGAGCUUGCUGCCUCUAAACAAAACCAGGAAGUAACGAUGGCUGACCAUGAAAGGCUAUUGAAGUUGUUGGAGAAUUAUAAAUCGAGUGAAGCAAAACUGAAGACCACUGUAAAUGACCUUGAACUAAGGCUUACAGUUUCUGAUUAUGAACGUCAACAAGUGUUGGAAGAAUCUAUUAAUAUGAAGGUUCAGAUUGAGAAACUAACUCAUUGUCAGGACGAAGUUUUGGCUUUCAACAAUGAGCUGGAUGCAACCAAGUUUGAGAAAGAAAAAUUGGAAGUGUUACUGCAUUCAAUUUCUGAGGAAUGUCGAGAUCUGAAGGCAGAGAAAAGUUCAUUCCAUGAGAAGAUCUCAACAUUGGAGAAGGCCUUAUUUGAAUUGGAGGAUUGCAAACGUAAUAAUGUUCGCUUGGAGGAAAAAGUUCUGCAGAUGGAAGGUGAUCUAACUGCAAAAGAGGCUUUGUGUGCACAGUAUGCCGAGCUGAAGAACGAGCUCAACCAGAUCAGGAGAGCCAACGAGCAGUAUCAGCUGAAAAUACAGCUACUUGAGGAGGAGAGAAGUGACUUCCUAAGAAAGUCUCAGGCCCUUGAACAAGAAUUGAAACUAACAAGGGAAGAAAAACAGAAACAGAGGGAUUCCAGCAGUCCAAAGAGUUCCAGCUCCUCAAAAGGCAGCACCAGAGUUAUUCCUGUUGGUGAAGAUAUGAAGGUGAAAAAGGAAAUGGGGAAGAACAGCAUUCCCCGUCAUGAUUUUAGAAGGAAGCCAAUUUUGAAGAAUGGUCAGGUGCAAGGACAUGCAAGAGAUCAGAAUUAUCCAUAUAGAAACCAGCAUCAAAGAGAGGAUGACAUUGGAGUCCAAAUUCAUGAUGAAAAUCCAAAUGACGUUGAAGAACUUGGCUUAAAGAUUAAGUUGCUUGAAGAUGAACUUGUUAAGGCAUUGGAAGUAAAUAACACUUACAAAGUUCAGCUUGAUAGGUACUUGUCUGAGGCCCGACACAGUCAAGCAGAUGCUCAUCGAAAUUCAAAAGCUGAAGAAAGACACGAACGCUCGAGGUCAUCUCUAGAGGCAGAACUGAAAGACAUUCGUGAGCGCUACUUAGACAUGAGCCUGAGAUAUGCCGAGGUAGAAGCACAGCGCGAGGAGCUUGUGAUGAAGCUUAAAACAGCCAAGGGUGGCAAAAGGUGGUUCUGAUGAAAGAUGAUGACUCCAUUGCUGUCAUUUUCUUGAGUUUACCAAUCUCAGGUAGCUUUUUUCCGCACAUCUUUGUACAUCACAAUUUUUCGUCUGCACAAAUAUUCAAGUGAGUGAGUAGAGGAGAAUAUACGUCAUAGCCAAAGGUGGAAAGUUUCACAAAUUGUUAAUUACAGGUACAAAUUCAAAUAAUGUGAUUAUACUUAACUAAUGAUUUGUACUAAUCAACGUUUUGAUAAUAUAAUAUACCAGAUUAUUUGCUUGCA